ACCACCCUUGCUCAGCUAGUAUAUGAAGAUAUAAGUGUGAAGAGUCAAUUUGAUAUCAGGUCGUGGGUUACUGUUUCUGAUGAAUCUGAGAUUUCUGUAAUAGCGAAACAAAUUCUUCAAGAGAUUACCUCGCAAAAAUGUGAAACUGAGGGCCUCUAUCAACUUCAAUGCAAGUUAAAGGAGUCAUUGAGCGGCAAGAGGUUUCUCUUUGUUCUGGAUGAUGUAUGGACCGAGAACUAUGAGCAUUGGGAGGCCUUACUGAGUUCUUUCCAGUCCGGAGCCAAUGGAAGCGGGAUCAUUGUGACGACACGUAGUGAUAUCGUCGCAAAGAAGAUGGGAAAUGUGCCUACACAUCACCUUGGGGAGGUAUCUGAUGAUGAUUGUUGGAAGUUGUUUGAGGAGCAUGUGUUUAUUAAUGGUGCAAGGUCAGAGGCGCAUCAAGAACUACAUGCAAUUGGCAGAGAUAUUGUCAAAAAGUGCAAAGGUGUUCCUUUAGCGGUUAAGUCUCUUGCUGGUCUCUUGCGCUCGGUGGUGGAUCCAGAGGAAUGGAGAGAGAUACUCAAUAGAGACAUAUGGGAGUUGCAGUUGCAAGAAAAUCAGAGUAACAACAUUUUGCCUUCUCUGUGGUUGAGCUAUCAUUAUCUACCUUCACAUCUAAAGAAAUGCUUUGCUUACUGCUCGAUAUUCGCAAGGAUUAUAAAAUGAAUGAAUAUAAAAAGGAAGGAAUAAUACGGCUAUGGAUGGCAGAAGGUCUUUUGCAAUCUGGAAAGAGAGGGAAAAGAAUUGAGGAUGUAGGGAAUGAGUACUUUCAAGAUCUGAUAUCAAGGUCGUUGUUCCAACCAUUGAGUAAGGAUAAACCGACCAUCUUAAUGCAUGACCUCUCACAUGAUUUAGCAAUAUUUGUAUCGGGUGAAUUUUCUUGUAGGUUGGAUGACGGUGACAAAGCUAAAUUUUCUGGCAAGACUCGCCAUGUUUCAUACUCCAAAAUGAAGGACUUGGAGAGUUUUGAAGGUUUACCUUUGGCUAAGAGUCUCAGCACUUUCAUACAAUCAGGAUCACUCGAUGGGACAUUCUCAAUUAGCAUGCCACAAUUGGAACGAUUGCUAUCUAUCGGAGGAUGCUUAAGAGCUCUUUGUCUAUCAAAUCUAGACAUCAUAAUACUGCCAGACUCAAUUGGCAAUUUAAAGCAUUUGCGGUAUUUUGAUUUAUCAUGGAAUGAUAAUAUCAAAGAGAUACCCAAUACGCUUUGUAGAUUGUAUAAUAUGCAGACUUUGCGAUUAUCGAAGUGCGGACAACUAACUCGGUUGCCAAAGGACAUGGGAAACCUAGUCAAUUUGCGCCAUCUUGAAAUUGAAGACGUACCACUGGAGAAGAUGCCGCCUAUGAUGCGCAAUAUGAAAGACUUGCAAACACUAUGCCAGUUUGUUUUGUGCAAAAGGCGUGGCUCUAGCAUUAAAGAGUUAGGAGGGUUGCCUUACUUGUCCGGAGAACUUGAAAUCCGUAAGCUUGAAAAUGUUGAGGUCGUUGAGGAUGUUUUGGAGGCUAACUUAAAGGAUAAAAGGUAUCUUAACAAGCUAGUCUACCUUUGGAGCUCUGAUGAUGCCGCUAAUGAGUCAACAAGACAUGGAGAAGUUCUCGAUGCACUCCAACCUCACACAAAUGUGAAGGAGCUUCGUAUAGAGGGUUAUGGAGGCGAAACAUUCUCUAAUUGGGUUGGUCAUCGUUCAUAUACUAACAUGGUUACUGUGCGUCUAAGCAAUUGCCACCACUGUUGUUUGUUGCCACCAUUUGGUCAGCUACCUUCUCUCCAAAUUCUUAAAAUUUAUAACUGCCGCGGUGUGGAAAGAAUAGGUGCUGAAUUUUACGGUGAUGGUUCUUCCAAUACUAAACCAUUUAGAUCUUUAAAAUUUUUAAAAUUUGAAGACAUGCCAGCGUGGCAAGAGUGGUCAAUUCCUGAAGGCCGAGAAGAUGGCGGAUGCUUCCCUAGUCUUAAGCACCUUCGUAUUAUCAAAUGUCCCAAGCUAAGUGGAAGUAGCUUACCAGACUAUUUACCUUCUAUUGAGCAAGUGGAAGUAGAAGAUUGUCCCGAAUUCUUGUUAUGUAACUUUCCAUCAAACUUGAAAGCACUUGCCAUUAAUUCUUAUGAAGAUGUGAUGAAAUUUCCAAGCUUACAGAUUUCAGGGCGCUAUGAAAAUGUGAUGAAAUUUCCAGAGACAUUGCUUCCGACCACUCUGACUUCUCUUUAUAUUGAGAACCUUGAGAAUCUUCAAGUUCUGAAUGGGGAGGGCUUUGAACACCUCACUUCUCUUGAAGAGUUGAUGAUCGAAGAUUGCGAAGAGCUCCAGUGCUUUCCGGGAGAGAUGCUGCCCAAAUCACUCACUACUCUCUGUUUAUAUGAGCUUAAUAAGCUUGAAGACCUUGGCAAGGGCCUACAACAUCUCACCUCCCUUAAAGAGUUGAGAAUUUCUUAUUGCAAAAAUCUCCGGUGCUUGUCAGGAACUGGGUUGCCCGCUUCUCUGACUUCUCUCUGUAUCGCAUACCUUCCAAGCCUUGAAGACAUAGGUGAUGACUUCCUUCGACACCUCAUCUCCCUUGAAAAGCUGGAAAUUAAGAAGUGCAAUAAUCUCCAGUACAACGCAGUAGAAGAGAAUGGGAAGGGAGUACUUGAGCAGCUCAUCUCUCUUAAAAAGCUGGUCCUUUCGAAUUGUGAAAAGCUCCGGAGCUUGCUCGAAGGGCAAUUGCCCACAUCUCUCACUUCUCUCGAGAUCCAUGUUUUUCCAAGGCUUAGAGACCUGAAUCGCAUGGGCUUUCAACACCUCUGCUCCCUUGAAGAGUUGACGAUUUUCAAUUGCGAAAAUCUGGAGUGCUUGCCUGACCAGGGGCUGCCGUCCACAGUUUAUAUCGACGGACGUCGUUUGUUAGAAAGGAACGGGCAAAGAUUGGCAUAAGAUUUCCCACAUAUCAUUGGCGUCAGCGUCGCUUAGGUUUUCUAUUUUUCAGGGAUUGUGAGCUGAUGGUAUUAGGAUGGUGAUUGCUGUGUAUCCACUUGUUAUCCACAACUUCAGUUAAAUUGAAGUCCUUACUCCCACAACUACAUUCAAGCUUGGAACAACUUACAGCCACAAUGGAAAACUUGUUUUUGCCAUGCCUCAAUAUUUGAGUUUGGUUCCUACCUCUCACAACUAUGGUUAUGUUUGGAAUUGCUUAUGUCAACAAUGGGAAGCUUGUUCUUUCAUGUGAACUGCAAUAUAAAAUCAAUCAAAGCCAUUAAGUUUACUGAUAUUCCUGCGGGGAUUUGGUCAAUCUUUUGGAAGAAUUUGUAUGGUUCUUAUUCUUUUAAGGAGCAUAAUUGAGAAAGUGUUGCUCCUCGCCCUGGACUUUGUUCUGUAGCUGAGUCAUCUUCAAUUCUUCCAAGUGCUUGUUUGAGGUCUUUCAGUCGUUGGCUCACCCUUGUCGCUUUUGGCUUCCGCUCAUGUUUGGAUCCAAUCUCAUGGCAACCACUAUGAAGAAGGAUCUUGCCUUGACUGUUCUGGAAGAGAUCUUCUGCUUCGAAGGAGAGGUUGCCUGCUGUGGAGUUGACUGAGAAGAUUUUGCUGGAGGAGUCGACUUUGUCUCCACGUUCCCGGAGUGAUCAGUGCAAGGCCAUACAGAAGCUUAACCUAUUUGAAUAAUUCGAUGGAAUUCAGCAACCGACAUGGGCGUGCUAUAUGGAGGAAAUGCGAAUUCUUUCUAUUCAAAUUCUAAUCCAUUGAGAAGAAAUAUCGCCACGAAAUGGGCAAGAGGAUUCUCCUAGCCACCAAUCAUUGAGAGAUUUAUUGUGUUCGAGAACUAUUGAUUCAUUCCAGAUUGCACCGCCUUGGCCGAUACUCUGAGAAGAGCCUUGCCAACUGUUAUAACGACUGAUUGAAAUGCAAAGAGAUGAAAGGCAAUACUCAAGCUCUGCAAUAAAAGCCAAGGAACUAGUGAAGCUUCAUGCCAAUACUCUAAGAUUCGAACAUGGAAAAUUGGCUUACUACAGUUGUAUGUGCUAGAUGUUCGGUUUCAUUCUCACGAAUGAAAACAUACGAAUGAACCAUGUGACGUGAGCUCCAAGGUGCCAACCAACAAUGGUGUUGAUUUAGCACAACUCCGUUGUCUUGGCAAUAUCAGAGUAUUUCAUUCCAAGAUUGAUGGUUCUCUGUUCAAAAAUGUCAUUGGUGCUUUGAAUAAUUGUGUUGAUUUAAAUGAGAUCCCUCAAAAAUCUUACGCAGCUGAGGAGGUUGGCCAUUCAAUAAUUAGGAGCAGAACAUGGAUAUGCUUUAUGCUUAUUAAUAGAGAGAAAAAGACGAAAUCCUUGAUGUGCAGAAUAUUUCAUCACCUCCUCAAUACCUUCAAAGGUUGUUUAUGUAUGGACGUUUGGAGAGGCUACCGCAUUGGCUACAGUUGAAGUGGAGUAAGUUACAGCUUGAUCCGCUCGAAUCUCUUCGAGCUUUUCCCAAUCUACAACAACUCGUAUUCGACGACGCUUAUGAUGGCGAGGAGUUGUGUGUCAAAGCUGGAGGUUUCCAAAUGCUCAAGGAGUUAGUACUAUGCAGAUUGGGCAAAUUGAGACAUGUGACGGUGCAAGAAGGAGCUAUACCACAUCUUCAAGUAUUAAGGUUGCAGGACUGCAAAUUAUUGGAGGAAAGUUCCAUUGGGGGUUGAAUUUCUAGCUCACCUCAAACAACUUAGUUUUGUUGAUAUGGGUCAUCAGCUAGUCACAAAGCUACAUUCAAUCACUCCAAAUUCGGACCUUUCAAGGGUAAAGAACGUGCCAGGGGUUUUUAUAGGUUCGCGAGAUGCUGAGGGGUUGUAUACAUGGAAGCAAUUUGACAAGAAAGAAGGGUUCUGAGGGGAUCGAGACUGAGAAGUUAAAAGUGCAAUAUUGCUGUGGACAAACAAGAUUCUACUCUGAGUGCGCACGUGCGUGUGUUUUUUAUUUUUUUAUUUUUUUAUUCGAGGCUUGUUUUUGAAAGGAUUCUGAUUCAUAACCAAUGUAUGAGCCUACUGCUCAAGCUUCUUUGUGUGUUUGUUGUACUGCUUCAUUUGAAGCUGUUUGUUUAGAAAAUGCCCAAGUGCCGGAUUCGCACGAUUUUUAUUUCUCUAAUUACUUUA